UCAGGUUUCAUUUACGGUUAUGUAGAGGAGGCUGUGAAGCGACUUGUCCUGUCAUCUUUAUUCCCCUCAAUCUCUUCAUCAACGUCUGAGGAGUUUGGGAGCACAGUGGAUGUAUUCACGCAAGUGAUGACACAAGUAGUCAUGGAGACACUUUCCACACAGUCACAGGAUAACGUAGCUUCCUCACGUAACAGUACUGAUGACAUCAAGGAAUUGAUCAAGGAUAAUCAGAAACUGUCAGACAAACAGGCACAGGACACCAAAACGCCAUCUUUCACUAGUAGCUCAGACAAUGUGCUCCCACACAUUUUUGAUGAACAUGGUGAAAGAGGUACCUCUUUGUCUCACUUACGUCUCUUAGAGUCCAAUAACUAUGCCUCCUUGGUGUCUAUGCUGGUCAUCCAACUUCUGAAGAAGAUUAAUAGUUUACACCAGAAUGUUGACCAGAACACACUUCCAGACAAUGUUCUGGAUAUGUCCAAUGACUUGAUUGGGGACAUUCUGAAUGAGCUGAAUAAAACUUUUGGCAUCAGAAGUGAUGGACAUCAUCCACAGGAAGUGAAUAUUCACCACAUUUUCAGAGUAGUUUACAAGGAGCUCACUCAGGACUUUGGGUCUGAAAACAUGCUCUGUUCUGCCCUGAAGUCACAAAAUCCAUCUUUGACAUCUUCACUGGUAGAACAACUGACAAAGGCAAUUGCAUCUGCAUGUCUACCACCAAGUCAAACUGCAAUUGGACCUCAGAAAAAAAGAGAGGAAAAGACCAGGAACAACUUGUUUCCCUUUCGGCUGAAGAUGCCGACAUUCAACUGGAAGAAAUCAAGGAGAGGAGAAGUCAGUGAAUGCAAGGAUUCUGCUGUUGCAAAGACAAGUUCAUCUAAAGUUCAGGCAAAUGCAUCCUUGUCUGAGUUGAGAGAGUCUCCUGUGUCUGCUGGUCCACUGGAGGUGCCACUGGAGGAAGCGACAGUGGGGUGCUGUUUCUUCAGGAUCCCUAAGUUCAAGCUCUCCUUCAAGGUGGAGUUCAGUUCAUGCUAACACAUGUUAAUAUUGAGUUUAACCAUGCUUAUCUCAUAGAUUAGUGACUGAAGGACAAAACUGAUUCAACAUGAUCUGUGAGUAUGCACAUGAAAUGUCUCAUCAUCAGUAUUUGAAUUUGAAAUAAUUAGUCUCUUUCUAAUUUUAUCAGAAAUUAAUGAGGGGUGCUAAAGUUGCACAUUGUGACUAUGUCAACUCAACUGAAGAAAACAGCAAUGUGCCAGGCUGUGCAACAUCCUCUCAUGAGAUUCAGCUUGAAAAGACCACUGCUGAGCUCACUGCCUCUGAGGGUCCAACCAGGGCUUGCCAACGCAUCCUCUCUUGAGAUGUGACCUUCUCACUUGAAUCAACUACACCAUCAGAUUAUCUUUUCUACACCUAAA